CGGCGAGCGGCCAGCAGAGGGCGCUUUCAGGGCAUGGCCGAGGAGCGCCCAGGCUCCUGGUUCGGCUUCGGUUUCCGCGGCUUCGGGCAGGCGCUGGGCUCGGGGCGCGGGCGCCAGGUUCACAGCCCCGAGCCGCUGCGGGCGCCGGGCGCGGGCCUCGACGUCUGCCGCGUGAGCGCCAGCUGGAGCUACACCGCCUUCGUGAGCCGUGGAGGCCAGGUGGAGCUGUCGGGCGCGGCGGGCGGAGCGGCGGGCGGCUGCAGAGACGCGUGGGCUUCGGAGGCGCUGCUGGUGGUGUUGCGCGCGGGGCCGGGCCCCGGGCCCGGGGCGGAGCUGCAGGCCUGGGAGCCCGGCUCUGCGCUGCGCGGGGAGCCCCUCUGGGUCAAGACUGUGGUGUCGGAGGCCGAGAGGGAAUACGGACCGGACGGCAAGACCCAGGCUGGGCCGCUGCCCCUGCUGCCCUGCGCCCGCGCCUACGUGAGCCCGCGGCCGCCCUUCUACCGACCUCUGGCCCCGGAGCUGCGGGCGCGCCGGCUGGAGCUGGGCGCCGAGCACGCGUUGCUGCUGGACGCUACGGGCCAAGUGUUCUCCUGGGGCGGCGGCAGGCAUGGACAGCUGGGCCACGGGACUCUGGAGGCAGAGCUGGAGCCCAGGCUGUUGGAGGCGCUGCAGGGCCUGGCCAUGGCUGAGGUGGCCGCAGGGGGCUGGCACUCUGUGUGUGUGAGUGAGACUGGAGAUAUAUAUAUCUGGGGCUGGAAUGAAUCAGGACAGCUGGCCCUGCCCGCCAGGAGCCUUGCAGAGGAUGGAAAGACAAUCGCGGGGGAAGCAAUUGGACUGAAUGAAGAUGGUUCUGAAGUGAAGAGAACAGCUGGAGGAGAGGAUGGCACCCCUUCCCCGUUCAUAGCCGUGCAGCCCUUCCCAGCUUUAUUGGAUCUCCCCCUGGGCUCAGAUGCCGUCAAGGCCAGCUGUGGAUCCCGGCACACAGCAGUGGUGACAAGAAUGGGGGAGCUCUACACCUGGGGUUGGGGUAAAUAUGGACAGCUCGGCCACGAGGACACAACCAGCUUGGAUCGGCCCUGCCGUGUGGAAUACUUUGUAGAUAAGCAACUCCAAGUAAGGGCUGUGAGCUGUGGGCCCUGGAACACCUACGUGUAUGCUGUGGAGAAAGAGAAGAGCUGACAGCCAUAGAUAAGGGCAUGAAAUAAAUGUACAGUAUAGUAAAAAAUUGUAAAGCUAACACCUGUGAAACUCCCACCCAGGUCAAGGAAAACCGUUGCCAGCACCUCAGAGGCUCCGCAUUGCCCCUUCCCAUCACAGCCCUCUCGCUUCACCCUGGAGCAACAUCCUCAGCUUUGUCCUCACAUCAGAAACACCUAGAAAGCUUUAGAGACACAUGUCCAAGGCCA